UUUUACCAAAACGCCCACUUCCCUGCCCCGUUUUCGCGAACCACCCUCCCAUCCCCGAUUCAAACCGUCGACGCCGUCGCCGCGUGACUCCUCAGCGGCAGCCUCACCACACCCACCUCCACUCGUCGCUCGCCUCACCGGAGAUUACGUUGACGCACCUGCUCUCUCCUCGCUGAGGGGCCCCAAAGUUAGCAGCUCCGGGUUCGUCGUCCACUCAGUGGCGGCGGCGGCGGCGAUCUCGCGGCGGUUCCGAGGCACCGAAAUUCCCGCGCGAGAUGCCGAGAUCCCAGCAGUGAUGUGCGGAUCGGAGCAUGGGUUUGACCCCGCACGGAGUUAGCUGUAAGCGGCGGACGGGGAACGAGAGCUGCAGCCAUGCCGAUUUACAUCGCGCGCGAGGCAACCAAGCUAUGGAGGAAGGUGAGCGCGGAAACGGCGCUGGAGCUGCAGCUUCUGUUCGAGAAGUGGCGCUUGCUCCUUGCCGGGAUUGUGUUUCAGUACAUCCAUGGAUUGGCUGCUCGAGGAGUACAUUACUUGCAUCGGCCCGGGCCACUACUCCAGGACAUGGGAUUUAUGGCCCUUCCGGAGCUCGGGCAAGACAAAGGUUAUCUUAGUGAGACUGUAUUCACUUCCAUCUUCAUUUCGUUUCUGUUGUGGAGUUUUCACCCUUUUAUUUAUCAUAGCAAACGUUUCUACACAGUUCUCCUCUGGCGCAGGGUGCUUGCAUUUUUAGUCGCUUCACAGUUUUUACGAAUUAUUACAUUCUAUUCCACUCAGCUUCCUGGUCCAAAUUAUCACUGCCGUGAGGGCUCGAAACUGGCCACUCUUCCACCACCGAAUAAUGUUCUUGAAGUGCUCCUGAUCAACUUUCCUCGUGGAGUGCUUUUUGGCUGUGGUGAUCUGAUAUUUUCGUCUCACAUGAUCUUCACUCUUGUUUUCGUGCGUACAUACCAUAAGUAUGGAUCGAGAAGGUUGAUUAAGCUAUUUGCUUGGCUGAUGGCUGUAAUCCAAAGUCUUCUUAUCAUUGCUUCUCGCAAGCACUACACUGUGGAUGUUGUUGUUGCUUGGUAUACAGUCAAUUUGGUUGUAUUCUUUGUUGACAAGAAUCUCCCAGAAAUGCCAGAUCGUACAAGCGGAUCAUCUUUGCUUCCAGUAAGCACAAAAGAUAAAGAUGACAGGACAAAUGAAGAGCUCCAUAAGCCUGAGAAGGACAGCAAAAUGAAGGACGAGUUCCAUAAGUUGUUGAACGGAAACACUGUUGAUUCUACUGAUCGGCGACAACGGCUGCAGAUGAACGGAAAGCAUGGCGAAGACAUCAACCACACACUCUCUGAUGCCACUCCCAACGGUACAUGAUCAGCUGCUUUUAGUAGGGUGCUUGUCUUUCAAAUCUACAGAGGAAUCUGCAGGGAGAAAAAAUUGCCUGCUGCUCCGGCAGCAUUUUGUUCAGCAAUCCCGUGGUACUACGACCAGUGAUGAAUUACCCAAGGCGCCGAAGAAGUCAUCACGCUGUAAAGAACUGAACCAUAAUCUCAGGUUGUCGUCACAGUAUGGAUUCCCUAUUUAUCGAUUCUUUAGAUCUACUGUUUAGAUGUCAGCAUGACCGAAAGCUUUGAGAUGAUGUGAAAACGCCUAGCUGGAAAACGUGAUUUAGGUGAAAUUGAUACGAGAAAGUAAAUUUGGUCUCGAUGCAUAUAAUCAAUUAAUGAUGACCUUUUAGUCGUUUUUAUGUC